GCUGAUUCAUUACUGCAGCUGGAGCUUUCGUUACCGUCUUCAUCAUCUUCUUCUUCGUCUUCCUCUUCUGCCGACGCCUUCUUGGCCCUUUGAAGCUUUCUUCCUUCUCCUCUUCUUCUAAUUUCUCCACAGGCUUCAUCCGAACAUCAACCCUAGCUCUCGCAUUUUGUUUACCCUUGAUUUUCUUUUUCAACGGAGCGGCUGUUUGGAUCUUCUUUUAGGGUUUUGUUUCUGGACCUGAUUGUAAAGGGGUUUUGAUUCUUUCACUGUCUGUGUGAUUUUGUUUUUUGGGGUUGAGGUAGAUCCAUCGGAGGGAGAUUCUGUUUGCAUUCUUGAUUUUGUGUUCCAUAGCUGAGAAUGUCUGGACCAUUGGAUCGAUUCGCCAGACCAUGUUUUGAAGGUUUCUCUGGUAGUGAUGAAAGAAAAGAAAGGAAAUCUGAUUUUGAAAACUCCGAGGAUGAAAGGAGGACUAGAAUUGGGUCUAUAAAGAAGAAAGCUCUAAAUGCAUCUUCCAAAUUUAAACAUUCCCUCAAGAAGAAGAGCAGCAGGAGAAAAAGUGAUGGUCGGGUCAGUUCUGUUUCUAUUGAGGAUGUUAGGGAUGUUGAUGAGCUGCGGGCUGUUGAUGCGUUUCGUCAAGCACUAAUAAUGGAGGAAUUACUGCCUGAAAAACACGAUGAUUAUCACAUGAUGUUGAGGUUUUUAAAAGCUCGAAAAUUUGAUAUCGAAAAAGCUAAACAUAUGUGGGCUGAUAUGCUUAAUUGGAGGAAGGAGUUUGGUGUUGACACAAUAGGUGAAGAUUUUGAAUUCAAAGAGAAAAAUGAAGUUCUGAGGUACUAUCCUCAUGGUUAUCAUGGGGUGGAUAAAGAAGGAAGACCUGUUUAUAUCGAAAGGUUGGGGAAAGUGGAUCCAAACAAACUUAUGCAAGUGACGACCAUGGACCGAUAUAUAAAGUACCACGUACAAGAGUUUGAGAAAAGUUUUUCUAUCAAGUUUCCAGCUUGUUCUAUUGCUGCAAAGAGGCACAUAGAUUCAAGCACCACAAUCUUAGAUGUUCAAGGCGUGGGCCUUAAGAAUUUCACGAAGUCUGCUAGGGAACUCAUCAUGCGGCUGCAGAAAGUUGAUGGUGACAAUUACCCGGAAACUCUCAGCCAAAUGUACAUUAUCAAUGCUGGUCCUGGAUUCCGGAUGCUAUGGAACACCGUGAAGUCCUUCCUUGACCCCCGAACAACAUCUAAAAUUCAUGUUCUCGGGAACAAGUAUCAAAACAAAUUACUUGAAGUAAUUGAUUCCAGUGAGUUGCCGGAAUUUCUGGGUGGAAAUUGUACCUGUGCAGAUUCGGGGGGGUGUCUUCAUUCAGACAAGGGGCCCUGGAGAAACCCAGAAAUUUUGAAGAUGAUUCUUAAUGGUGAAGCACGACAAGCCAGACAGGUUGUAAAAGUUCUAAAUAGCGAGGGGAAGGUUGUUGCAUAUGCUAAACCACAUUACCCAAUGGUGAAAGGUAGCGAUACAUCCACUGCUGAGUCGGGAUCUGAAGCUGAAGAGAUUGCUUCUCCUAACGCAAUGAAGAACUAUUCUCAUCUUCGGUUGACUCCUGUUCGAGAAGAAGCAAGAGUUGGUGGUAAAGGAGGCUUUGUUGCUACCUUCUCUGGGUAUGAUGAAUAUGUUCCCAUGGUAGACAAAGCUGUUGAUGCUGGAUGGAAGAAGCAAGGUUCACUCCAACGUCCUAGCGCCUUUAAAGGGGUUCUUCCACUGCCUGAUACUCGAAAAUCACCCGAAGCACUUCAUACUCGAAUGUUGGUAGUACUCAUGGGGUUCUUCAUAGCCAUUUGGGCUUUCCUCCGUUCACUGGCAUGCCGGAUGAGUGGGAAGAAAUUGUCUAUGGGGAGUCAAAACACCCCAGAAUUAUUGUCCUCUGAUCAAACAGCCACGGAGGAGAAUCGCUCCCCUUCACCGAUUGCUAAAGUUACGGAAGCAGAACUCCUCUCGAAUCUAGUAAAGAGGCUGGGUGAGCUGGAGGAGAAGGUCGAUACACUUCAAUCGAAACCAUCGGAAAUGCCAUACGAGAAAGAGGAACUAUUAAAUGCUGCUGUCUGCCGUGUCGAUGCUUUGGAAGCAGAGCUGAUUGCUACCAAGAAGGCUUUGCACGAAGCGUUGAUGAGGCAAGAAGAACUGCUCGCUUACAUCGAUAGCCAAGAGGAAGCAAAGUUGCGGAAGAAGAAAUUUUGCUGGUAAUAUGAACAUCUCAUCUCGAUCUCGGGAGAGAGAAGAGGAUUCCGCUGACUGCAGUUGGCUGUCGUGUAUCGACCACGUCGGAGUUUAAAGAUCCGUUGCUCGCCGCCGUUGAUCUAACUGACUUUAUAUUUCAAUCAAUGAUGUGAUUAUCUCCGAAGAGGAGGAAAACGCAUACACAGUCUGUGUGAAGAAAUUACUACAAUGUGAAGCUUUCUUGUUUGAUAAGAAUAUGUAUUUAUGCUCUAAGAUUUUUGUUCUGUGUCUUCACCUUCAUCGGAAUGAAAUGAAUCACCACAGUUCAAGAUA